AUGAGCGUGACGACGAACGCGAGCGACGCCACGGACGCUGGUGUGCCCAGGGCCAAGUUCAUCGAGGACGUCGCCGCGCACGUGGGCGACGGCGAGGUGGACGACGCUUUAUCGGAGCUCCAAAAGCGAUACUCGGCGUACAAGCGGCUCGAAGCGGAGCUGCAGCAGGCGAGAAUACGUCUGUCGCAACAGCUCCCGGACGUUAAACGCUCGUUAGAGGCGGUGGACGUUUUGGUAGAGAAGCGUGAUCGAGGAGAGGAGGAGGGGACGACGGUGCGGUAUCAGUUGACGGAGGCGACGUUCGCGGACGCGGAGGUGGCGACGCCGGAGAGCGUGUACCUAUGGCUCGGGGCAAACGUGAUGUUGGAGUAUCCCUUGGACGAGGCGAAGGAGCUGUUGGAGGCGAACGUGAAGGCGUGCGAGAGCGGGUUGGAGGCGAACGCGAGGGAUCUGGCGGUGAUCAAGGACAACGUGACCAUCACAGAGGUGAACAUGGCGCGGCUGUACAACUGGGACGUCACAAAGAAGAAGGAGCAAGGCGCCAAGAGCUCUGACGGCGCGUGA